AUCAUUCAUCAUUCUCAACUUCAAUUCAUUAUCAAUUCUAACUCUUCUUUCCAUUAAUCAGAAAAGAAAAAACCAAACUCCAAAAUGGCACUAAUAGACUUGCAACUCUCAAAUUCACUACUCUUUUGCCUUGUUCCGUUUCUCUUCUUUCUCUUGAUCAAAUUCAAGAAAACAAGAAAUAAUAAUAGUAAAAUACCAAAAUCAUAUCCUAUUAUUGGUUCCUAUUUUUCCAUUUUGGCAAAUCAAGAACAACGAGUUCAAUGGCUAUCCGAUAUUAUCCUUAGCACCCCUAAACUUACUUUCACUCUCAUUCGACCCCUCAAUUUCCAAACUAUUUUCACUGCCAAUCCUUGUAAUGUCCAACACAUGCUCAAAACAAACUUCCCUGUUUACCAAAAAGGCGAAUUUUCAAAUAGUACUCUAUCAGAUUUGCUUAGUAAUGGCAUUUUUAACGUCGACGGUGAUAUAUGGAAGUACCAAAGACAAGUUGCUAGCCACGAAUUCAACACGAGGUCGUUGAGGAAAUUCGUUGAAACCGUCGUUGAUACUGAACUCUCCGAACGGUUGAUUCCAAUUCUCGCCAAUGCUGCUGCUGCUGCUGAGAAAAAAGUGCUUGAUUUACAAGAUAUUUUACAAAGGUUUGCGUUUGACAACAUUUGUAAAAUUGCUUUUGGUUAUGAUCCCGGAUACUUGUUGCCUAACCUACCUGAGGCAGAAUUCGCAGUUGCAUUUGAAGACUCCGUUCGCCUAAGCAGCAAAAGAUUAAAUCUUCCCUAUCCACUUAUUUGGAAAAUGAAACGCGCCCUUAAUAUUGGAUCAGAAAAGAAAUUGAGGAUUGCGGUUCAACAAGUACGUGAAUUCGCGAAAAAAAUAGUGAGAGGGAAACAGAGGGAGCUGAACGAGAAGUCAUCGCUCGAUUCAGCUGAUUUGUUAUCUAGAUUCUUGAGUACAGGGCACUCUGAUGAAGAUUUCGUCACUGAUAUCGUGAUAAGUUUUAUAUUGGCGGGACGUGACACGACUUCAGCUGCGCUGACAUGGUUUUUCUGGCUGAUAUCGAAGAAUCCAGAAGUGGAGUCCGAAAUCUUGAAAGAGAUUGGAGAAAAAACAGACGAUUCAGUAGUCUUAUACGAUGAAGUGAAGAACAUGAUGUAUACUCAUGCCUCGCUUUGCGAAAGCAUGAGAUUUUACCCACCAGUACCAAUGGAUGGAAAAGAAGCAGUGAAGGAUGAUGUCUUGCCAGAUGGUACGUUAGUGAAAAAGGGUACGAGGGUGACUUAUCAUCCUUACGCAAUGGGAAGAUCGGAGGAAAUAUGGGGGAAAGAUUGGGCUGAAUAUAAGCCAGAGAGAUGGUUGAAUAAAGACCAAGUGACAGGGAAUUGGAUGUUUGUGAGCAAAGAUGCAUACUCAUAUCCCGUGUUUCAAGCAGGGCCGAGAAUCUGUUUAGGGAAAGAAAUGGCGUUUUUGCAAAUGAAGAGGGUUGUGGCUGGUGUUCUGCAGCGGUUUAAGGUGGUUCCGGCAGCGGAGAAAGGGGCGGAGCCGAUGUUCAUAUCAUAUCUCACGGCGAAGAUGAAAGGAGGUUUCCCUGUUACUAUUGAAGAAAGGAAAUCAUAACAAGUCCUUAUAGCCAAAAAGUGAUCAAAAGCAGUUUUUACAGUAUGCUUUUUUUAAUUGUUUUGCUUUUUUUCAACUAUGCCAGUACUAUUGAUUGUAAAAUUAGUAUGUGUACUAGUUUCAAUUCUAUUUUGUUAAUCAUCAUUCAUGUGAUAUAAAGUUAUAUAUAACUGAUUUUUGUCUGUUUGGA